GAAAUAAUAGACGCUUCGAUCUUCAUAUCAUUAUUCCGGUGGUUUUUCAUCAUGAUCGGAGUCGGUGCACAAAAUUCUCUGAAAACCUACUUUGAACUCUCCUCCCUUGCCGUCGCCGACAACUCGCUUCGAAGACUCGAAGUUGUUUCUCUCGAUUGGAAAAACCCUAGAUUCUGAAUUAGAAGAAGGGGAAGGAAGAUAGAUACCUGCAUUACAUUCAUUGAAAGUUCGCCGAUUUUGUUGUAUCAAUUGUGGCUAUUGCUGAUUUCAGACCCUAGGGCUUUUCUCUAUUCAAUCAGUCAAGAAGAAGAUAAACAUUUCCAUUGUCAAGUUUUCUGUGUUGUAUUAGUUGCGAAAGAAUAAGAAGCCCAAAAAAUUCUAUUUUCGCUUUUCUUCAGUUAGUGUGCGUCAUGUCCUUGCAUAUUCAGAAGAGUCUUAAGAGCAUUUGCGGUGUUCUUGAUCGUUGUAAAUCAUUUGCCUAUUUUCAUGUAUCCUCUCAAAGCUCCUCACAUGCCCUCUCCUCUGCAAUUUCUUCGUCUCCGCUGGAACCUGCUAUCUUUGUAGGAGCUAGAGAUUUGCAGCAAAGAAUUCCAUCUGAAUUUCAGACAAAGCCUUCUGAUAUUAACUCGAUCAUUGCUAGAGUUCAGGUGGGUAGCACCGAGGAUGAGGUUUUGCAGUGUCUUUUGCACGAUCCAGUGUGUAACAGCAUACCGUUCUCCCAUGAACUUGUUUACAAGUUGCUCCAACAAUUCAAAGAUGAUUGGAAGUCUGCUUUGGGUGUUUUUAGAUGGGCAAAAUCACUCUCUGGAUUUAAGCACACCCCAGACUUAUGUGACAUUAUAAUAGAUACAUUGGGGAAAUCAAAGCAAAUGGUUAAGAUGAAACGCAUGCUAGAAGAAUUGAAGGAAGCUCGCCUUGUGACUCUUGAUACUGUAGCUAAGGCUAUGCGAAGGUUUGCUGGUGCUGGUGAAUGGGAAGAUGCGGUUAGGAUAUUUGAUGAUUUGGGAACUUUUGGGUUGGAGAAGAACACUGAAUCUAUGAAUGUGUUGCUUGAUACUCUGUGCAAAGAGGAGAAGGUUGAGCGAGCUCGACAGAUAUAUUUGGAACUUAAAUCGCAUAUUCCCCCGAAUGCAAACACGUUUAACAUGUUCAUUCAUGGUUGGUGUAAAGUUGAUAGGGUUGAAGAGGCACAUUGGACGUUAGAAGAGAUGAAAGGCCAUGGUUUUCGUCCUUGUGUUAUUAGUUAUUCAACGAUUAUUCGAUUUUAUUGUCGUCAUUACAACUUUAGUAAGGUUUAUGAGUUGCUUGAUGAAAUGGAUGCUCAAGGAUGCCCAGCAAAUGUCAUCACUUACACCACUAUCAUGGACUCACUAACAAAGUCGGAAGAAUUCGAGGAAGCCUUGCAGAUUGCUGAGAGAAUGAAAUCUGCUGGAUGCGAACUUGAUACACUUUUUUAUAACUGUUUGAUCCAUACAUUAGGGAGAGCAGGUAAAGUACGGGAAGUUAUUCAUGUAUUCGAAGUAGAAAUGCCAAGCAAGAGUGUUUUACCAAAUACAUCAACCUACAAUUCUAUUAUUUCGAUAUACUGUCAUCAUGCGCAAGAACAAAAGGCUAUGAAACUGCUUGAGGAGAUGGAGAAAUCGGGGCUUUGUAAACCUGAUGUCCGCACAUAUCACCCGUUGCUUAAGUCCUGCUUUAGAACUGGAAAGAUAGAUUAUGUUCUGAGCAAGUUAUUGGAAGAGAUGAUAUAUAAACAUCAUCUAAGUCUUGAUAUAUCAACCUAUUCCCUUUUAAUUCAUGGCCUUUGUAGAGCAAAUAGGUGUGAGUGGGCUUACCAGUUAUUUGAGAAGAUGAUUGAUCAAGAUAUAAAGCCAAGAUACCUCACAUGUCAACUUCUUUUGGAUGAAGUUAAGCAGAAGAAUAUGAAUGAAGUUGCUGAUAGGAUUAAAGAUAUCAUGAAGAACUUGUGAGCUUCUGAAUAACAAACCUUUGUGGUGUGAAAAAGCAUGUCUACAGUUCUGGAUUUGCGUACACGAUCGUCGUGCUAAGUUGAUUGUACGUGAUGUGGUUGACUGUUGUCUUAAUUUCAAUUUGGUUGCUUGA